AUGGCUAAUAUUCAAGAUGAACCAAAAUUGAAUGGUGUAGUUGAAGAAAAGUCUUUGAUUAGUAGUGGGAUAGUAGCGACUUUGGCCCUUUUUACAAUACAAAGUUUUUCAAUUAAAUCAAAUAAAGAACAACUUGAAAAAGAACGUAUUCAGAGAGAAUGA